CGAGUCCAUCCCCUCGACCUCCUGAGGCUCUUUCCCUACGCCCAUCCAUCACCAUCUCCCAAACACCAUAAUCCCAACACCCCCAAAAUGAAACUCCCAUCACCCCUAAGCCUAGGGGCCCUCCCCAUCCUAAGCCUCCUCACCCGCCUCACCACCGCGGCCACCCUCACCCAAAUCACCACCCCCUUCGGCCCCAACCCGCGCAACGUCUCCUUCCACCUCUACACCCCCGACACCCUAGCCGCAACCCCCCCCAUCCUCGUCAACCCGCACUGGUGCCACGGCACCGCCGAGGCCGCCUUCGCCGGCUCGCGCUGGGCCACCCUCGCCGACGCCCACGGCUUCGUCGUCAUCUACCCCGGCAGCAGCCCCGCCUCCGCCGCCGACCAGUGCUGGGACGUCUCCAGCGCCGAGACCCUCACCCACGAUGGUGGCGGUGACAGUUUGGGGAUCGUCAGCAUGGUGCGCUGGGCGCUGGAGGAGUUCGAUGCGGAUCCGGAGCGGGUUUUCGUGACGGGGGUGUCGUCCGGGGGGAUGAUGACGCAGGUGCUGUUGGGGGCGUAUCCGGAUGUAUUUGCGGCGGGCGCGGCGUUUGCCGGCGUGCCGUUUGGGUGCUUUGCGCCCGAGGGGGAGAAUGCGGGGGAGUUUGGGUACUGGAAUGGGGAGUGUGCUACGGGGGAGGUGACGCACGCGCCGGAGGAGUGGGGGGGUCUGGUGAGGGCGGCGUAUCCGGGUUAUGAGGGAUGGCGGCCCAAGGUGCAGAUCUUUCAUGGUACGAAGGAUGAGGUGGUUAGUUAUGUGAAUCACGGCGAGGGUGUGAAGCUGUGGACGAAUGUGCUGGGGUUGAGCGACGCGCCGGUCAGUGUGGUGCCGGACACGCCAUUGGCGGGAUGGACUAAGAGCGUGUAUGGACCGGAGGGCCGGUUUGAGGCGUACAGCGCCGAGGGCGUGCCGCAUGACAUCAAGGUUCAGGAGGACACCGUCAUGGCUUUCUUCGAGCUGAACUGCACCAGCGAGUGUUUCUCCUGGGGCCAGGGUACCGCCCCUUCCGGUGGGCAACCCAAUGCAUCGUCAUCUCCAGUGAGGUCAAGCUCGACCUUUUCAACGGCCACGGCGCCUGGUGCAACUUUCACCUCCACUGCAGCUGUGACAACGACAAGCACGCCGGUAGCCUGCGAGACCAAGACGGUUCAAGGAGGUGUUCCCUUGUGGUCGCAAUGCGGCGGUAUGGGGUAUGUCGGCGCAACAGCUUGCGCUAACGGGGAGUGCACGUCAUACAAUGAGUACUACGCUCAGUGUGUCCCUACGCCGGCUUGUUAAUCUUAGGCUUGGGGCCAGCAAGGCAGAGUUGUGCUUGUAUUCAGCGAAAAGGGAAAAAGUAAUCACAGUACAAAGCAGCAUAGAAUAGGUAUAACAAAACAAUCGACCAUUACUACCUAGUAGGGAGUUACUAAAUGACA